CCCACAGUCAUAGAAGGGGUGGACAGAGACAGCAAUAAUCAAUGGCUGUUUGAUUAUUUUAUUGAGAAAAAGGGAUUAAGACCUUGUCAUUUACUCAGAGUACAGGCUUGUUACUUGGAAUCUGCGAGCAGCAGGGGUGAGUGGAGUUCAGUGCAGGCUGUUGUUGAGGUGGGUGUGCCUUGCUCUUAGGUGAAGUGUUACUGCGGUGGAGGGUAUUUAAACCACAGCUACCUGCAGCAGGACUCAUACAUCAGGUGUAGUGUCACCGACAGCAGCACUCAGAUCAGUCAGGUGCAGUCAUGCUCUGUCGUGCCAGCGGACUCCAGCUCCUCGCGCUCCUGCUGCUGAGCAGGAGCAGUUCACCUGUUCACAACGACGCCACAGAGUCUGUCAACACCCAGCCUGUCCACGCUACUCAGGCGGAGCCGGCCGAUGAGGAGACGAACCAAGCGAGGAACGGUGGGAGAAGGCAGACUGACGCUGUGCGCAGUGGUGCAGAUCAGAGCCAGGUGGGCUGCAGGGAGCUGAGGUCCACAAAGUACAUCUCUGAUGGCCAGUGCACCAGCGUUAACCCCAUCAAGGAGCUGGUGUGUGCUGGGGAGUGUCUGCCAGCCCACCUGCUGCCUAACUGGAUUGGGAGUGGGGGUCACACUGGGAGGUACUGGAGCCGUCGUGACGCUCAAGAGUGGCGAUGUGUCAUUGACCGCACCAGUACCCAGCGGAUCCGGCUGCAGUGCCAAGAUGGAAGCUCCCGAACCUACAAGAUAACUGUAGUGAACUCCUGCAAGUGCAAGCGCUACUCCAGACAGCAAAAUGACUCAGGACACAAGGAAACAUCUGUCCACAGUGGUAAACAGAGAAAAAACCUGAGGAAGGCUGGACCCCCUGAAGAGAGAGCUGGGAGGCAGUCUGACAACUAAAACCCAUAUAAUUCUGCAGUUAUAAUGGAAAUCUCCCAACAGUCAUUCCUGUCUUCAUCAUGAAGUUUAUGGAUUAAUUAUUGUGUGCAAAUAAUAGCCAAAUACUUACAAGCCAGACCAGGAAAAAAGUAAAAGUGGAGAGUGUAGAUUUGUCUCAAGAUUAAGAUUACUGUGACACAAAACACUCUUUUCAAACUUAUCUAUAGCUCAAUACACAGCUCAAUUAGAGAAACUGUUUUGAGAAAUAUGCUCAUUUGUUUCCUUUCAGACACUGAGAUGUUCACAUGAAUAUUGGUUUUCCUGUGUAUAAAGUAGUGUGUGGUGUUGGGAUGUGGUUAGCCUAGCCUGGCAUUAAGAGCGGAAGCAGAGGGAAACAGCUUGCCUGGCUCUAUCCAAAGGUAGAUACACUUGUUGUAUAUGAAUAGAUACCUCAUUGUACCUCAUUUAUUCAGUCUGUACACAGAUGUUCAAUAUGCGCUGGAACUAUUUCUUGAUGGGCACUUCUAUCCUGCCCAGAGUUCUCUGGCAUCAGGUUUUGGUCUUGGUCUCUGUAUAGGAUGACAAGACUUUAGGAAGCUGUACAUAGUCACUGCAUUCAGCUAUCGUUCAUCAAGAGGUUGUUCCAGCUCUUAUCUGCCCCUAAAAUCAUUGAUUAACGUUUGUACAUUUCUGUUUGUGUACAAAUUGAAUAAAUGAGGUACAAUGUGCAUUAACAUCUAAUGUAGUUUCUGUUGUGUACAGAUUAAACAAACAAGAUAGAUACAAAGGAAAUGCUGAACAUGUCUUUGACAUGAACCAACUGUUAACCAGCUAACAUAAUCUACUAAAGCUAGUGGUUUAGUAGUUUAUUUGAAAGGAACACAGCAUCUCUUAGUUUAAUCUACUAACUACAUAACAACUUGACAUCACAGUAUCUGAACUCAGAAUGGUCAAAUCUAUCAGGGGCUUUCACACCAAAUGUACAACUGUUGCAUUGUCAUUAUUUCCACAGAAGGGUGGAUGCACUUUCUUGGGCAGCUGUUGAAGCCAUACUCGAUAUGCUGAUUUUCUGCCAGGUUUUUCAGCCAAAGUUUUUGUUUGUUUGUUUGUUUGUUUUUUUGUUGUUGUUGUAUUUUUAUUAAUGAACCCUUAUCCUAGUUAGUUUACCAAAGUUAUUACAGUAAUAUUUUUAACUGUAGAAGAAUUGAGGAAUAUGUCAGAUAUGUGACUGAUUAUACCAGGACUUGGCUUAAAGACCUCAAGAAUGGCAGAAAAUAUCAGAAUCAGAGGUACCAGAUUUGACAAUUAAUAUUGUGAUUAUUUCCACCCUGUCCAGAAUUGUGUUGACAGGCAAAAUUUUGAGACUGAUUUAACAACCACAUUUAUAUAUGAUACCAGAGUCACGGGGAGAUGGUUGGUGGAGAUGGUGGGCAUAUACAGACCAGGAUUUUGGUUUAAUAAUGUUGUAGUCACUGUGAGCUGCUAUAGAUUUGCAGGAGUGUACAUUUUGGGGGAAAACAAAUGGAAAACAUUUCACAAUGAACAGGUACAUAUAUAGAUAUAGAUAUAUUCAGUAUCAACAGCUUUGCAACUUGCCAGAUAUGUUAUUAAACAGCACCUCCUCAUGUAAAUAAAAAUAUGCAUUUAC